ACUUGUGGAAAUACUUGGAACACCGACAGUUGUUUCGUUAGAAAUGGUUCAGAGACGAAUAUGUCAGGAAUUUCCCCGUCUCAAGAGUUUUUCAACGCUCGUGUACUAGGAUUAACACCUAGUCCUGCCCAGUUUGGUCACGUAAGAUGGGAGCUCGCAUUAUUAUUAUUAUUAGCUUGGACAAUUAUUUAUCUCUGCGUCUUCAAAGGCAUUAAAUGGUCAGGAAAGGUGGUUUACGUUACUGCUACGUUUCCCUACGUCGUGUUGAUCAUCUUAUUUUUCCGAGGAGUUACUUUG